GUGCUAUAUAUAUGCAUGCUUCAAUGGAUGAAGAUAAAUGUUCACAGUGUCUUCGUUUGGCAGAAACUGUUGUUCCUAAUUUGAAUAUCAGAGAUCUUGAAUUAGUUCUGGAGAGUUUAACGUGGUGGCCAACUCAGGUUAAUAGUUCUCUGGCUGCUAAAGAGUUGAUUACCAGCCUAGAUGCUCAGUGUAUUGAUCGAUUGAAAAGUAUUCACUUCAGUUUAGAGGACUUUACACUCGAGGAUCAGUUCCGUUUGUGCCACUUGUGGAUCUCUUUAAUCUUUCAACCCAAGAUCGAUUUUCCGGACAAAUGUCUGCUCCAGGUCGCGUCUUAUAUUGGGAAAAGUUCGACACCGGUUGUUGUUUCUUUUCUCCUCCUACUUUCUUCUUUUAAAAAUGAACAGGUUUCAGAAGUCCUCAAAGAAAAUUCAGCAGAUACCAUAAGAUCUAGAAUAAGAGAAAGUAUUUUUCCUGGAAUACACUUUUUCUCCAAACCUGAACUACUUGCUGCAUAUACGGGGAUGGUCAGGUUAGGGGAAAGUGAUGAAUUGGCAGAACUUAGACAUUUCCUGGAGAACAAAUUUGGAUUCAGACUUUCUUAGAAGAUGUAGAUUUGAGAGUUUUCCUUCAGAGAAAUUAUUGGUCAAUUCAAGGGCUACCAAUCAAUCUCUUGAUCAAUGAUCAAUCACCCGAUCAAUUCAGUGAUGAAUUGAUUAAUCAAUCUAAUCCGAAAAAGUUAUCAACCAGAAGAACAGAAGAAAUAUGUGAGUGGUGAAGAAAAAUUGUACGUCUGGCCUUUAAAUAUUACUUUAAAGAAUUGUUGAUGAAAAAAAACUUUGAGACGUUAAUAUGUUAUUCAGAUAGAUCAAUAACCAAUCAAAAAGUUUAAUUUCUUCCGUAAUAUUUCUUGAGUACUUUAAAAAUGUUCAAUUAUGGAAUAUGUUAUUUUAUUCUAAUGUAUAAAAUGUAGAUGAUCGAUAUAUUUUUGUAAUAUUUCAGAA